AUGCCCCGCUCAGACAUCCGCGAAGAGCUUACAAUGUCAGAGCCACCAGCAAACUUCAAGCCCGCUCUGAUUCUACACGGAGGUGCAGGCGACUACCUACGCUCCAAGCUACCUCCAGAGCUGUACAACUCCUACCACGUUUCGCUACAGUCUUACCUGCGGUCGACAAAUGCACUUCUCAAAAAUGGUGCCAGCGCAUUAGACGCAGCCGUCCAUGCCGUCUCGCUCAUGGAGGAUGAUGAGCUAUUCAACUGUGGCCGAGGAAGUGUCUUUACGACAGCAGGUACGAUCGAAAUGGAAGCCUCGGUAAUGGUGACCUCCGUUCGGGACGAUGAUCACAGUGAAGGUUCCAUUAAACGCGGAGCCGGAGUAAUGGGAAUCAGAAAUGUUCGACAUCCUAUCUGCCUUGCACGCGAGUCGCUCUUAAGGACAGGACAUAGUGCUGAUGGUCGACCCGUCCGUGACGGAGGCAGUAUGCACUCACAGCUUGCGGGGCCUCAUGUCGAGGCACUCGCUCGCGAUUGGGGGCUGGAGUUCAAGCCUGAUGAGUGGUUCUGGACUCAGCGGCGAUGGGACGAGCAUCGGCGUGGGUUGGAAGGACUGGAAGAGCCUCUUAGCCUGAGCCAGGGAACUGUUGGGUGUGUUUGUUUGGAUCAAUGGGGGAACUUGGCUGUCGCGACGAGUACGGGUGGCUUAACGAAUAAGCUGCCUGGUCGGAUUGGGGACACGCCUACCUUAGGUGCCGGGUUUUGGGCGGAGUCUUGGGAUGAGCCGGUUCAGCAUGAGCCGAUGCACCAUACGGCUCCUGAUACAGUGCCGUCCGCUUCCUCACUUGGUGGUCUGGUUGAAGAGGCAAGAGGCUGGCUGACUGAUUGUAUCUCAUCUUUCCUGCGGAAGUCCGGCACCGCAGGAUACACAACUGUCAGAGCUAGGCCCAGCCACAAUGAAUCCGGCUGUGUCUCUGAGAAGCAGAGUCUGCUCAACCGAAUGUCAUCAGGACCUGGAACGAUAAAGCGUGCCAUUGCUGUUUCAGGCACUGGAAAUGGUGACUCUUUCUUGCGCGUAGCAGCCGCACGCACCACAGCUGCAAUGCUCCGAUUUUCGGCGCCAGGUCAUUUCUCAGGUUCACUCACCAAUGUUGUCACUGCGGUUGCUGGGCCGGAUGGGGAGCUUCAACGCUCGGCCGGAUCACGCUGGGGAGUUACUGGCGAAGGCGAAGGAGGGAUUAUCGGCAUUGAAGCUCAACUUUCUGCUGGGGCUUGCAUCGGAUCGCUACAUCGUGGCCGGGUUGUUUUCGAUUUCAAUUGCGGUGGGAUGUGGCGUGCGUAUAUUGAAGAGGAUGCUGAUGGAAAUGAAAUUGAGAAGAUUAUGGUUUUCCGUGAUGACCAUGAAUAUCUAAUGUAG